AUUAGAAAAUAAGUUUUUACGAAAUUUAUAAAACGGUUUUGUGAGGUGUGACGUAACGUUAAACUCAAGUGAUUUGUUAUCAUUUAAGACAAUGUUUAUUCGCAUUUCUUUUUUACAUAUUAAAUAAAUUUUCAUUUUAAAGAACAUUUUUUUGUUUGAAAUACACAAUGUUUGAGUCAUCAGCAGAAGAUUCGUUACAAAAUACAAAGACAGUGUAUGAUGAAUAUGAUGAAGAGCCUAUUAUUGAUGAUGAGGAUGAUUCAACAAGGAUUAUUCCACCAGAAAUUGAUGAUACGAAACAGUGUAUGAAAGCCAGAUAUGUUUUGGCAUUACUGGGAUUUCUAGGCUUCGCUAAUGUUUACGCAAUGAGAGUAAAUUUAUCGGUGGCAAUUGUUGCGAUGGUCAAUAAUACUGCGCCAGCUAUUGAUAAUUCAUCAUCGUUAAUCACAGAUGUGUGUCCAGAACCAACGCCUUCUAAUACAACAAUCCCACCUACGGAGAGGGGUGAAUUUUCGUGGGAUGAAGCAACACAAGGUGUUGUACUUGGUUCCUUUUUUUAUGGAUAUGUAUUAACUCAAGUGCCUGGUGGUCGUUUAGCUGAAUUGUUUGGUGGCCGUAGAAUUUUUGGAUAUGGUGUAUUAAUAACAGCCAUAUUCACCCUUCUAAGUCCAAUUGCAGCACGACUGAAUUAUACAUUAUUUAUUAUUGUUAGGAUCUUAGAAGGAGUUGGCGAAGGUGUUACAUUUCCAUCGAUGCAUGCGAUGUUAGCCAGAUGGGUUCCACCAUGGGAGCGAAGUAAAUUCGCUGCAAUUGUUUAUCAAGGUGCCAAUUUUGGAACAAUUAUAUCGCUUCCAUUAUCCGGAUGGUUAUGUUCUUUAGAAUUUGAUAAUGGUUGGCCUUUGGCAUUUUAUAUUUUUGGAAUUUUGGGUAUAGUAUGGUUCUUCUUUUGGAUGUGGUUUAUUUACGAUAGUCCAAUGGUACAUCCACGAAUUGAUCCACAAGAGCGAGCAUUUAUUUUAGCAAGUUUUGGACCACCAAUAGAUGAAGAAGAACAUAGAGGACCAUUACCAUGGUUAAAGUUUUUAACAUGUGUCCCACUUUGGGCAAUUUUGAUAACACAAUGUGGUAAUUCUUGGAUGUUUUAUAUACAAUUAACAGAGCUUCCCACAUAUAUGAAAAAUAUCUUACAUUUCGAUAUUGAACAGAAUGCAAUAUAUUCAGCAAUCCCAUAUCUAACAAGCUGGAUUGGUGGAAUCCUAUUCAGUAUGAUCGCUGAUUGGCUCCUAUUCAAAGGAUGGUUAAGUCCAAUUACAUCGUAUAAAUUCUUUAACACAAUCGCAUCAGUUAUACCAUCGAUUGGAGUAUUAGGUGUAGCUUGGGCUGGCUGUGAUAAGUUACAAGUACAGCUAUUGUUAGCUGUAGCGGGAGUAUUUAUGGGUGCAGCAUAUGCUGGUAAUCAAACAAAUCAUAUGGCAUUAAGUCCACAAUAUGCGGGAACAAUGUAUGGUAUUACGAAUGCAGCAGCGAAUAUGUGUGGAUUCUUGGCACCUUAUGCUACUGGACUUAUUAUUAAUGGACAGGAAACAUUAGCUCGAUGGCGAUUAAUAUUUUAUAUAGCAGCGACAAUAAAUAUUAGCGGCAAUUUAUUUUACUUAAUGUUUGCUAGCGCUAAAGAACAAGAAUGGUCCAAACCUAAAAGGCCACCUCAACCAUCAAAUAAUGUGCAACCUGUAAAUUAAUUUUUAAUAAGUUUUGAUUUUUUAGUUAAAUUAUUUUUUUUUUUUUUUUUAAAAUCAUUUUAUAAGUAUUAUGAAAAAAGUCUAAAUGCCGAUUUCAUCAUUUCUGAUUAAGUAAUAGUCCAAGUGAAUUGGAAAUAGGCUAGUAAUGUACCUUUCUUUAAUUCUGAAACGAAUAGUUCCUCAGCGUAGAGUUAAAAACUUUAACACAGUGAUUCUCAAUCCUUUUUUUGUUUGUCGCGGCAAACUUUGAACGAUUUUAUAAUUUUUAGUAUAUACAUUUCUAAAAUUUGAUAGCGGCACACAAAAGUACAGUGGCUGAGAAUCACUGCAUUAACAGUUUAAUUUUUAUCAAAAGUCGAUUGGGUCAUUAGUGUCACAGACAAUACAGCGACAAAUCAACUAAGCCUAAAUAAAAGUUAAAAAUAGUUAAUUUAAAACUUAAUCGAAGUUGAUGGAAUUGGGUUUGAAAUAAAUAAGUUUUUUUUUAUAAAAAGCUUUGUGAUAUUUAGGUAUAUAAAAAAUAGAGUCCUAUUAUUAUUGGGUUUAGCGUCAGGUGUAGUCUAUGACAGUCAAUUCAAAACAACUGGAAAUUUGACGAGCCGUUGUCAAAGUUAUGGCCAAUAAC